AUGGGCAUUAAAGAGGCUCUGAAGGAUCCUCGUGGCGUUCUUAAAAAUUGGGAUGAAACUUCUGUGGACCCCUGCAUCUGGAAUAUGGUCACUUGUUCUCUUGAUGGUUUAGUCAUUGGCCUGGGAACUCCAAGCCAGAAUUUAUCAGGCACUUUGUCACCAAGCAUAGGAAACUUGACAAAUCUUCAGCUUGUAACAUUUCAGGAUAACCAUAUAACAGGAUCAAUCCCCCCAGAGCUUGGGAAGCUCCAAAAGCUUCAAACACUUGAUCUGUCCAGCAACUUGUUCAAUGGUCAAAUUCCCAGCACUCUAUCCCACUUGAAAAGCCUACAAUACCUGCGGCUAAACAAUAACAGUCUUUCCGGUGCAAUUCCUUCAUCUUUUGCUAACAUGACCCAGCUGGCCUUUCUGGACAUGUCUUUUAAUAAUUUGAGUGGUCCAGUACCCAGGUUUCCUGCUAAAACAUUCAAUGCUGUGGGAAAUCCUCUGAUAUGUGUCGCUGGAAUAAAGCAAGACUGCUUUGAAACAACGAGGAUGCCGCCAGCUUUUCCCUCGAAUAACUCACAAAAUGCUCAACCUGCUGGGAGACCUAGGAGCCACAAAAUUGCCUUAGCGUUUGCCUCAAGCCUAGGCUGCAUCUGUCUUCUAAUUCUUGGUUUUGGUUUCCUUCUUUGGUGGAGGCAAAAACACAACAAACAGAUAUUCUUAGAUGUUAAUGGUUGGUAUACUUUUGUGCAUGCGAAUAAAGACUAA